UCCGUCCGUUCGGUCGUCGGUAAAUGUUGUGGUUGUUGUUGCGCCGUUGUUUGUCCGCUGUUCUCCUUCGUCCCGGAAGUCCGACGCGUGCACUCUUGCAGAUUGAUAAUAAUCGUAAUUAUAUAUGUACUAAUAACAAUAAUCAUAACGAUGUGUAGCUUUAAAGUAUUAUUGUAUUCACAUAUUAAUAUAUAACAUUAUAUAUUCUCGAGAACACGAUAAUUAUUAUAUUAUAUUCACCCUCCGGCGAUCGGCGUGUAUAUGGUCCGGGACAGCGGUUGCAGCAAACUUCUCGAACAGUGUUUUCCGUUCGAAAUGGGCAGCGGUCUUUGCAGGAGUAGAGACGAAACACCGAGGGCUGCACGUCGGGCGCGGGGGUUUGAUGGAUUGUACCGGAAGAUCGUUUUCAAUUACGCCAAACAGUGGACUCAAUAUUCAGACAAACACAAGAAGAGUGAAAAAAAAAAUAACAAACACAUUAAGAGCAGAAGGAAGAAACCUAUAAUCAGUGGACCGUUUCCGGCAGAUCCGGACCGAUUGCAAGGCGACAAGUGGCAAUACGUGAUACUGACGCGGUUGGACACAGAACCGCCACCCGAACGACCGCCGCGAACCAAACGACGCCGCCGGCAGGAGACGGAGACCAUCAGUGGCGUCAGUAGCAUCGUCCGUUGGGGAUCGGAGCGGCGGCGGCGGCGGUCGUUCGGUCGCAGACGGCAGCCGAAGCCGCCGCUGUCCACGGACGAGCCGACUACGGAACCAGUGGCGUCAGGACGGUUCGACGUUGGCGGCGGCGGUGGAAAUGUCGAAAGAGCGUUAUCGAUGGUCGCGAAGAAUAAAGCGUCGCCGGCUUUCGACGCGGCCAUCAAAAAGUCUUCGAUGUGGGUCGUUUUGUGGUCGGGUGCCGUCGUCGUCGGUCGGACGUACGCCGCCCGACAAAACGGUCUGCUCGAAUCCGUCGCUCGCGCCUACGCGAUGGCCAACGAUUUGUCGUCGUAACGUUGACAAAUCGGGGGUGCAAGUACCUAUACGGUUGUGUAUUAUAAUAGCCAAUAGUGUUUAUGAUACAUUUUUGCAUAGAAAUAAUAAUAUUGUUACCGAUAUUUUGUACACCACUCAUACACAAAAUACUAUUAUGAUAAUAACAUUUUAUUGUAAGUAACUUAUAUAUAGGUAAUUACUGUAAUUCUUUAGUGUACUUUUCUAAAAUCCACUGCGAAAAAUCUAUUUUGUUUCAUAUAUUUACCAGGUAUCGCAAUUACGUCUUCAUUGGUGUAUCGUAUGAGACCAUAGGUACCUAUAAACGGCUAUAACAAAACGAAAUCAAGUGGUUGUCCAAAAUCCGUAGUUAUUCUAUUCAGUUUGCCAGCUAUAUAUAUUUCACUUAUUAAAUCAGCAUUCGAAAAUACGUCCGAUGUUAAUUUGAUUGUCUGUAGAUAAUCAGAUCUAACAACGGGUUGUAUACAAAGAGCACUGCAUUAGGUACUAUCGUAUACAAUUAUAUACAAUAAUGGUAGGGAAUGGGUUCCCGUUAUUAUAAUAAAAAUAAUUAAACGCCUUAUGACUUAUACGGUUUUGCCUAAAAUUAUUUCAUUAUAUUGUUUUGAUUUCAAAAUUCCAACUAUAGGUUUGACAUUCGAAAAAAAUAUUUUACAAUAAUAAUAAAAGGAUAAGGAAAACCGUAUAACUCUCCUGUCACAUUAUAAAACUACAGCUUGCCUAACUUGCCGAUUUUAUGCCACCCAAAUUCACGUCGAAGAAGUCGUCUUACUAUCGAGUUCAAUUUAAGUGCACACUCGACGCAUUUGAAUGCCAUAAAAGCUGAACUUAAAACAGUUCAACGAUUUAUCCGGUAAUAACACGGAGAAUGAAAUAUAUAUAUAUAUAUAAAUAAAGUGGCUGUGUAAUGCCGAAAAUCCUCCUUGUGCAGUGUUUAUGACUUCCGCGGCUCGACGGAUGAUACUUCCGGUGUGUUAAAGGCAAGUCGCCUUGUCAUCAUUUCAGAAACAGGUCGUUCGAUUCGAGCAAAAAGGCAAAGAGAGGGAGAUGAAAAUAAAUAUAUUUGAAGGUUCGACGUUAUGUAAUGGUCCCAUUCGAUAUGCGUUUAUACUAUAUAUAUAGUAUAUAUACGAGUUAUAUACUAUUUUAUAUGGAUCGUAGAUUUUCGUUUUCCAAUUUUAUUCACCAUUCUACAUGUCCGGUUACUAUUGCGACGUCGAUAAAAAUGGUCCGGUACAAUCUGGUAAUAAUUAGAUUAUAGUAAGUAUACGGUUUGCCGAAGAACAUUUUUCAUACGAAAAAAUUAUUGUUGGGUAAAUUUUUUUGAAUCCACCCGCCAUAUUAUAUAAAUGGUCGUUACUCGCAUACAGUAACAGUCAAAACUUAAGAAUGUCUAUCUCAGUUUAGUUUAUUUUUUCUAUUGUAUUAAACGAGAUGAUAUUUUUUGUUAACUCAAUCAAUUUGUAAAUUACGUAUUUUUCAACAAUUUAUACGUGUGUGCAUAUGUAAAAGUUUAAUUGGUUUUAAGUUUUAA